CCCAUGCCUUUCCUGGAGGUUUCUGAUGGGGUGGGGAGGCAGGGGGUGCUCGGCUGGCCGGGGGCAGCUCCGACCCUGCCGUGGCAUCACGGGCUGCUGUCUGCCUUGGAAGGCUCUGUCCCAGGCCCUGGGGAGGCUGGAGAAGAAGCAAGCAGACAAGGAGGAGCUGCUGGUUUUGGGAAUCGAUGAGAAAGCAGACAAAGGCGCCCUGGCUGACAAAGUCAGUCGCAGCCAGCUUGAGGCGUGCGUGGAGCGGCUGACCAAGAUGAUGGAGGAGGUGACGAGCCGGGUGACGGGCCAGGAGAACGGCUGGCUCCAGUUCCAGAAAGAGCUGCAGAGACAGAUGGACUGCAAGCUGGACCGCCGGGAGCUGGGGGCGUUCCGGAAGCAGCAGGAGGAGCGGUGGAAGAGCCUCAGCGGGCAGCUCCAGGAGAAGGCGCUGCAGGCAGAGCGUGACAAUGCCGCUGGGAUUAGGAAGCAGCUGCUGCCUGGUUUCCAUUGCCUGUCCUGUGACCGGCCCCUCAACAUGCUGGCGCCUGGACCGGAGCGGACGGGCGAGUGCAGAUACCCCACUGUUCCGCGGAGCUGUGGGGGCCCACACACCGUCACGCCCCCGCGCUUCCAGCCCCAACCGCCCAGCACCCCACGGCCGUCCCAACCCAGUGCCCGCCGCCCCAACAAGGACGCGAUGCAGCUGUCGGGCCAGGACGGCACUGAUGGGAAGCGGCAGGACGAGCAGCUCUCCAUGAUGGGGGGCUCUCAGCUGCCCACAACACCAACGGCCACCCCAGAGACCUCGACCUCGAGGAGCCAGAAAAGCACCGCCUCCCCGCUGCUGUUAGCCGUGCUGAAGCGCCAACCAGCCUCAGCUCCCGGACGCCUCACCCAGGCACCGAAGCUGCUGCCACACCGCAUUAAAUCAGCGCCCUGACAGCCGGGCAGGACGGGGGUCCCGGCCCCGGUCCCACCGCCCCGGGCGCUGAGCCGGCAGCGGCUGCAAUAAAUGGCGAUGGGCAACCAA